AUCGACCGACAUCUACCCCACGCGGAGGUAGUCCCGGCGCCCAUACAUGCACUGGUGGUUGAGAGUACGUACGGAGUACAGCUGCAUGAGCCGAGGAAAGAGAGAGAGGCGAGGUUCUUGAAUAGUGUUCAUGAGAUUGUCCGCACUGGUGGUAAAUGCCUGCUGCCAGUGUUUGCUCUGGGAAGGGCUCAGGAGCUGUUACUGUUGUUGGAGGAGCAUUGGGGAAAGCAUGAGGAACUGCAGGUAGGAGGCAUAUCUUAG